CGAGAGAGAGAGAGAGAGAGAGAGAGAGAAAGAAUGAGAAGCCAAGAACAACAGCAGCAAGUAAGUGAUGUUGUACCGUCAUCAUCGUCAUGGGGUGGAGGGAGCAACCGUAUAGCUGCCCUUAAUCUAGAGGGAACCCCACCCCCCAAUAUCACUGAUAGUCCUGAUCAUAAACAGUUUGAUCAUCAUGAUGAGGACUCUAAGAAACCUGGGUGGAGAAAGUUCUUAUCGCAUGUAGGCCCUGGAUUCCUUGUCUCCUUAGCUUAUCUUGACCCGGGCAAUUUGGAAACUGAUCUGCAGGCUGGAGCAAAUCACAGAUUUGAGAUACUGUGGGUGAUACUUAUUGGGUUGGUCUUUGCGCUCAUAAUUCAAUCGCUGGCUGCAAAUCUUGGUGUAAGCACCGGCAAACACCUUUCAGAAUUAUGUAAGGCUGAGUACCCAAAAUAUGUGAAGUAUUGCCUAUGGUUGCUAGCAGAGGUUGCAGUCAUAGCUGCUGACAUACCCGAAGUGAUUGGAACAGCCUUUGCACUAAAUAUACUGUUCCACAUCACAAUUUGGACUGGAGUUCUCAUCACUGGUUUAAGUACUCUCUUAUUUCUUGGCCUACAAAGAUACGGGGUUAGGAAGCUGGAAUUGCUGAUAACAAUACUGGUCUUCGUAAUGGCUGCAUGUUUCUUUGGAGAAAUGGGUUAUGUAAAGCCUCCAGCGGUUGCUGUGCUAAAGGGAAUGUUUAUACCCAAGCUCAGCGGCCAAGGAGCUACCGGGGAUGCCAUAGCACUUUUCGGUGCCCUAGUCAUGCCGCACAAUCUCUUUCUCCACUCGGCUCUUGUGCUAUCCAGAAAAAUACCAAAUUCUGUCCAUGGCAUCAAUGAUGCAUGUCGAUAUUUCCUAAUAGAGAGCGGAUUCGCAUUGUUUGUUGCAUUUCUAAUCAAUGUUGCAAUUGUCUCUGUAUCGGGCACCGUUUGCUUAGCCAAUAACAUAUCAAAUGAGACUGCAAAUCAAUGCAAUGAUCUUAACCUCAACUCAGCCUCUUUCCUUCUCAAGAUGAUACUUUCAUUUGAGCUUCCAUUUGCUCUAAUCCCUCUCCUUAAAUUUAGUAGCAGUGCCACCAAGAUGGGACCACACAUGAAUUCAAUAUAUGUUAUUCUGAUCUCGUGGAUCCUAGGCAUGGGAAUCAUUGGCAUCAACAUCUACUACCUGAGCACAAGCUUUGUGGGUUGGCUACUUCACAACAAUUUACCAAAGGUUGCAAAUGUGUUUGUUGGGCUCCUAGUGUUUCCCUUAAUGCUCCUCUACAUCUUAGCAGUCAUCUAUCUUACCAUCCGAAAAGAUACUGUUGUAACAUUUGUUGAGCCUGUAAAGCAUGACCACCCAGUAACCCAAAACAACAUGGAACACAGGCUAGGCAAUUCUUGUGAGGUGGGCGAGUUGGAUCACAUUCCUUACAGAGAGGAUUUGGCUGAUAUCCCACUACCAGAGUGAAGGGUUUUUUCUAGAUCGAAUGCAACAACAACCAAGCCAAGGUAUAUCAUAAGUGGUAAGGAGCUCCAAGUUAAAUGUGGCUUGAACUUUCUUCAGGUUCAUCUAAGGCUUUCCUUCUAUGGAAAUUGUAUGUAAUU